ACUGGAGGACAUUUUCCAAACACACACUUGUUUACCGAAAAUGUGUAUGAAAAAAAUGGCAGAGAAGAGUGCGGAAAGUCGCUAAAAAAUAGCAAUAAUUUCGAUAUAAUUUGUCGAAAAGGUUACUUAAAACAGAGAGAUAGCCAUGGAGGGGCAGGAAAACUCUUCCGACUCUGAGGAGAAAAUCCAGGUGAAAACAGAGCCGCGUGAAGAAGAUAUCAAGGGUUAUGCAGAGGACACUAUGAACGAGUUGUUGGCCAUUUAUGGAUACGAGAAAGUUGACGAAGGAGUAACAAAGGAGCUUCAUUUACACCACUUCUCGGACAAAGAUGGUGACAGGGAUGCUGAAGGUUCUCAUGGCGGAAUCAUCAUCAAGCAAGAAGUCGGGGAUGACGACGAUUAUGACGUCAAACCGCUGCUCAGCGACCAGGAGAUGGGCGAACUUCAGAUCAACGAACAACAGCUCAGUGACUACCAAGCCAGCGGCCCCAGCUCUCCAGGUGACGAUCACAUGAAUCACUCCUCAGGUGCUGUCGCGAGCGUGUGCACAUCGGCAGAAUGCAGCGAUGGGGAAAACCCAACCGGUUCUGAAUACGAGAUUGUGUGUGCUUGGUGCCAGAACUAUGGCUUCAAGAGGUACACACUCAACACGACCACCGAGUCCAAGGCCUUCUGCAGCGAGAAAUGCUUUGCCGCCUGCCGCCGGGCCUACUUCCGACGCAACAAGGUCUGCGACUGGUGCCGCCACAUCCGCCACAGCAAGGACUACAUUGAUUUCCAGGACGGGAAGCGUAAGCUGCAGUUCUGCAGCGACAAGUGCCUGCACCAGUACAAGAUGGACGUCUUCUGUCAGGAGACCCAGGCUCUGGGAUCCGCAGGGGUGUCUGCCGUUGACUCGGGGGCUGUUGUCGAGCAGGGAGCUCCGAUAAACGAAUCGGUUGCUGCUGUGAACAGCUCUGAGGAAUCGGAGCACGGUGACACUAACAUGUUGCUGACUGUGGCUGCCGACAGCAGUACACAGCCCUUCGUGCUCGGAAACGGCGUCCAUAAACUACCUGCCCAGCCAGGCCAGGACUGGCCGGUCCUUGCCGCACGGACACAGCCCAAAUCCAAACAGCAUGCAAACCGAACCAUCAUCGGCGUGCAGCAUAUCGCUAUCGCGCCAAAGGUCAGCACGGCUGGUAGUCAACUGGCUCCAGUCCCGCCUGUCACCCAAGUCGCUGCCCCUGCUGCCACCAGUUUGACCCCACCGACUGCUUUCCCUGCUAGGGUGACCCCGCCAAACCCUGCUGGUCAGGUGUUUGGGUUGCAGACCAUCAUCCAGCCUGGGGUAGGCAACUCUCAAGUUGUAGGCAACUCACAAGUCGUUGGCCGCACUCCGGUGGUGGUCCGAGGUACUCACUGGCCCCCUGUCGUCAGGCAGAUCCCAGGGUAUGUUAUCCCAAGCCAACAGCAACAGCAGUCAUCACCACCAGUCGUCCAAGCUCCAAGGCGCAUCCUUCCUGCUGUACCUGCCAAAUUUCCUGAGGUGUCCACCUCAGCUGCUAAAAAAGGAUCAGAGACUUCAGUACUUCCACACCAAAAACCCUGCACCUCUGAAGAUAAGCUCUCUGAUAGUAGCCAGUCUUCAGCAUCCAACUUCAGCCACCUUCUACCCCCAGUGACAGUCAUGGUACCCCAGCCGGUUUUCAUUCCCAUACCAUACCCCAUCCCCAUCCCCAUCCCUGUUCCGGAGGCCACAUUUCAUGCAAUGAGAGCAGCGUGUACUGCAAGUAGGCAGUGUUCUCGUGAAGCUAGCUCCGGCCAAAAUGACGAGAGGAGCAAAGCAGGCAGCCGACAUUCUGCAAGUGUUUCCAGCAAACUUGAUGUGAGACAUGGAAGACAUCAAACCUCGGGAUUCCACGAAUCCUUUUUUCACAAACAAGCAAACUCUGAAUUGGACUGUAGUACCUCACACAGGGCUAGUAAGCGACACCACGGGCUAUCACCUCAUGGGAUUUCAGUGACCUGUCCAAAGAUUAACGAGCCAACCACCUUCCCCGAUGCUAAGCACAAAGCUUGGCAGCCGCUCUUCAAGUACAAGACCCUCCAGCGAAGUGCCAGCAUGGAUCUAAGCCUUGCCCGACCCUCAGAGGAACCGUCCAAAUCAAGCUACAAACCAAAAUCUGAGCAGGACCAUGUUGGCAGCAUCAGCAGAAGCAUCGGCAACGUCAGCUCCCAUCACCAAGAUCCCUCCUACCUGACGCCGGAUGUCUCAGUUCAUCUCAGCGGGGAGUCUUCCGCCAAGGUCCGGGAAGCUCUCCGUUGCCACCUGACCAAGCGCCUCUCCCAAUCAGCUCUGAACCUCACUGAAGUUGGCAGGAUGCCCACCCCUCAGGACGACCUGCGUCGAUGCCAGAGCCUCAGCAGACUGAGAUACCUGGAGCCAAAUCACAUGGAGAAGCUUCCAGAGUUGGCCGAUGGAUACUCCUCAUCCCCAAGCCACUGCUCGUCCACCUCAUCCACUCAGAGAAGCAACUUCAACCCACCUGACAUGCCUGAGCAAGAAGAAAACAAGGAGGGUGAGGAGGAAGGUCAACCUCCUCAAGACGAAGACCCUCAGAGUCCAGCAGCAGAAUCUGAUGAUGAUGACACGAUAGAACCGGAAGCCAAACGGCAAUGCCUCAACCAUAUUUGAAUAUAGCACUGUAGCCAAGCAAAUAGCAAAUCCACAACUCUUGGGGUAUGUAUAUUUGUGUGAUAUCAAAAAUCUGAUGUCAAAAUUUGUUUGGACAAUGUAAAAAUAAAAUCUUCAUGAAACUUUGGUCAAACAGUUGUAACAAAAAUCUGUUUAGCUAUAGAGAUAAUUCAGAGAUAUUACAAAAACUUGCUCAUGAAGUAAAAACUAAACCUAUUCACUGCUUUGUUACUGUGCCAUUGUUAACUUGCUGUAGGUUAGGUACACAUACAUGUUUCUUACCUAUUUAUUCAAUUUAAAGGUAUUGUACACUAUUUGCAGCUAUCCAAAAAGUAUUAAACUGACCAAAUUAUUGUGAAAAAGCUUACUUGUUUUAAAGAUAGUAAUGGCACUUAACUCCCUGUGAAAU